AUGUCUGCGCCUCGGCUGCGGCGUGGCCUCGCCACUGAAACUGUUCGACCGCUCAUUGCCUCGCUGCCAUCCAGGCUGCGGUACCCGGCCAAGCAGGCCGAACUCACGGUCGACCACCUCAUAGUAGGCGGAGGCGUUGUCGGUCUCUCGAUCGCAUCAGCACUUGCCACUCGCUGGCCGGAAAAGACCACUUACCUCGUCGAACGAAACAAGUCCUUCGGAGAAGAAACCAGCUCUCGCAAUAGCGAGGUGAUCCAUGCGGGACUUUAUUACCCUGCCGAUUCGCUCAAGACGCACUUGUGUCUACGGGGUCGUGAGCUUAUGUAUCAGCGAUGUCAGGAGCACAGCAUCCCUCACAAGCAGACCAAGAAGCUCGUCGUCGGUGCCGACUUUUCCAAAGCAUAUCUUGAAAAGCUUCAAUCACACUGUGACGCUCUAGGACCACUUGCACCGCCAACACGGCUGAUCACGGGACAGGAGGCACGAAAGCUUGAGCCUCACUUGUCGAACGAUAUCGCAUGGGCUCUGCUGUCCGAGCGCACAGGUAUCGUGAGCAGCCACGAGCUCAUGGCGAGUCUUGAACGCGAACUUCUGGAAGCCGAGAACGCCGAAAUCGUCUACGACACCAAAGUCGUCCGUAUCGAUCCGAACCAAGCGGAGCGCAGUGCUGCGAGUUCGAAACGCGGAUCCGACGGCUCGCAAGACGGCUGGAUCGUGCAGACGCUUACCUCUGAGUCGAGUUGUUCUUCAUCCAGCGAUGUCGAUGCUCUCCUGGCCAAAGUGGUCAUCAACGCGUCCGGACUGAAUGCACCUAUGGUGCUCAACUCGUUACUUUCGGAGCUGGGCGGGCCUGAACAGGAUGCGAUUCGCAUGUGGCACUCGAAAGGCAACUAUGCUUCGUACAAAGGGCGUGGCGCAAGCGGCAUCCAGCACCUCAUCUACCCCGUUCCGGAUACACGCAACAAAGGCGCACAUGCACACACCUCGCUAGGCACGCACCUCACGCUCGACCUGGAUGGUAAUGUGCGCUUUGGGCCCGAUACCGAAUGGAUUUCUCCACCGUCGUCUUGCGACUCUUCGGAUGCGAUUGAUUUCUGGAAGCGCUCGCUCGUCGUUGACGAAGCGCGCAUCGAGAGCAUGUACACCUCUAUCACGGAAUACCUUCCCAAUAUCGACAAGGCCGGCUUGACACCCGAUUACGCCGGGAUCCGACCCAAGCUGAUCGGCCCGCACACCAAGGCGUUUAUGGACUUCCAGUUUCUCUGGCACAACUCGACGCAUCUCAAAGCGCAGAAGCUCUGGCAGCGUGCACCUGGACUACCGCCACCCAGUACCAGCUGCAUCUCGCCUGCGAAAUCCAGUGUAGACACGGUCGAGGGCGGAGCGAUGAUCAGCCUGUUGGGGAUCGAGAGUCCAGGGUUGACCUCGAGUUUGGCCAUCGGUGAGAUGGUGAGAGACUCACUCGCCAAGCAUUUCUACCGCCAACAUCCUACCCGCCAGGAGAGCCCAAAUAAAGGCGCCAGGAACGAGGACCAUGCACAUCGUCUAGAUGCAUGGGCAUAG